AUUUGCCCUUGCCUUUAACUUCUGGUCCUGUCCUUCAAUUCUUCAUCCGCACAAUAUCUGAAUCAAGAUGGGCCAAUCACCAUCCCAAUUUAUGGAGGACAUGCAAAAGCGGUCCAACUUCAAUGCGAGUGAGCUGGAACGACUGAAGAAAAGAUUCAUGAAACUCGACAGCGAUGGCUCUGGGUCGAUAGAUAGGGAGGAGUUCCUGCAAAUACCGCAGAUUGCGAACAACCCGCUCGCGUCACGACUGAUCGCCAUCUUCGACGAAGACGGUGGAGGGACUGUUGACUUCCAGGAGUUUGUCGGUGGGCUCAGCGCAUUUAGCAGUCGAGGAGGGCGAGAAGAGAAGCUCAGAUUCGCAUUCAAGGUGUAUGAUAUGGACCGAGAUGGAUAUAUCUCGAAUGGAGAGCUGUUUCUUGUCCUCAAGAUGAUGGUGGGUAACAACCUCAAGGACGGACAGCUCCAGCAGAUUGUCGAUAAGACGAUCAUGGAGGCCGACAAGGAUGGCGAUGGGAAGUUGAGCUUCGAGGAGUUCGUACAAAUGGUCUCAAAUACGGAUAUUGUCAAGCAAAUGACUCUGGAGGACUUGUUCUGAUUAUGCUGUGCUGUCCUGUACGCUUUCCUGACGAACGCCAUACCCUAGCUGUCUAUCGCGCAUACAAGCAAUUGUCGCCCGCAUCCCUCCGUUCACUCGCUCGUAGUGUUAUCUCUCACGGAUCGGUUGCUUCAACCGUAACUUGUACUUUUACUUGCAUUCCUCUAGUCGCCUCCCUUGUGUUCCGUAAAUUAAUGGCAGUCGUGGGUAAUCGGGCAGGUUGUGGAUCCUCAGGUGGCGAUAGCGACUGAUGAAGCAGAGGGUUGUUCCUAUGUGCCCCACU